AUGGCGGCACAGCAUCCCAAGUAUCGGCCCCCCCACACCCCCACCGUCAUCCCCACCGUCAUCCCCCAUCACAUCUGUGGGGGGGCGGUCAGAGGUGGAGGUGUGAGAAGCGACUGUCCAGCUGUGUGCAGGUGUGAAAGUGUCGGGAUGCUCCAGAGAGUCGACUGUGUGGAUGUUGGUCUGAGAUCAGUUCCCUCCAACCUGAGCAGCUUCACGUCCUCUCUAGAUUUGAGUAUGAACGAGCUGUCGGAGCUUUCAGCCCACACCUUCACAAACCUCCACCUCCUCCAUGAGCUUCGGCUGGCAGGAAACAGCUUGACGAAGAUUCCAAAAGAUUUCUUCAGAGGACUUCUCAGUCUGAAGCUGCUAACUCUGCAGAACAAUGGACUGAAGAGAGUUCCCUCUGAAGCUCUACACAACCUCAAGAACCUGCGCUCUCUACGUCUGGAUGCUAACUCCAUCUCCCGCCUGCCGGCCACCUCCUUCAAAGGUCUGUGGUCUCUGCGUCACCUGUGGCUGGAUGAUAACGUUCUGACAGAGGUUCCCGUUCUGGCUCUCAGGGAUCUGACGGAGCUGCAGGCUCUGACUCUCGCCCUUAACAACAUCAGCUACGUCCCUGACGGAGCGUUCAGCUCCCUCAGCCAGCUGCUGGUGCUGCAUCUCCAUGACAACCGCAUCCACUCUUUGGGCCAGAGGAGUUUUGAUGGACUGCACAACCUGGAGACGCUAGAUCUGAGUUUUAACCGGAUCAACAGUUUUCCUACAGCCAUAAAAACCCUGAACAACCUGAGAGACCUGAAUCUUCAGAACAACAACAUUUCAGUCAUCCCCGAAAACAUUUUCUCUGGAAAUCCUUCCAUCGAGACCAUAAAUAUUCAGAACAAUCCUCUUCACGCUGUGGGACACUCGUCCUUCCAGCUGCUGCCGGCACUCCAGACACUGUCUCUGAGUGGAAGCAGCAUCACAGAGUUACCAGACUUCACUGGGACCAACAGACUGGAAACCCUCUCCAUCACAGGCAGCCACCUCUCCACCUUACCUGACAACAUGUGUGAGGAGCUGCCCCACCUGCACAAACUUGAUCUGUCCCACAAUCUGAUCCAGAGUCUGCCAAACUUCAGCAGCUGCAGAAAGAUACAAAACAUCGAUCUGUCCUCCAACCAGCUCUCCUCCGUCUCUCUGAUGAGUCUCACUCACCUGAAACUGUCUGGACACCUGCAGCUGAGAGUCGCCCACCAACACGAGCACCAACACAGACUCAGACUCAGGUCAACCAAUCAGCUGUUCACCUGUGUGUGUCUUCACUGUGAGGACGGCGGCAGUCUGUCCACAUGUUGCCUGGACUCGGUGUCUCUCUGGCUGCUUCAUCUCAUCUUCAUCAUCUCCAUCUUCUUUAACCUGCUGCCCCUGGUCUUCCUCCUACUUCUCCUCCUUCCUACUCCCAGGACCUCCUCAUUGCUCUCUGUGGAUUCAGCAUGGACACUGAUCCAGGAUCUGGACUCUGUCCUCUGAGGUCUUCAUCACAGCGGAGAACAGACCUGCUCUUUUAUCAUCUCUUCUUGUGAUGGUCAUUUCUGCCGCCUCUCCUGAGUCACUGUAAAAACUACAGGAAGUGAACUGCAGCUGGAGAUAUGGUGACAUCCAGGUGGACUCUGGGACACUGUGACGUCACUGCAGUGAUGUGGGGAGAGGGCUUUUACAAGUUUCUACAGUUCCCAUUCCUUUAUUGGUCUUCAGUCCAUGUAAUAUUUAAUAUCAUGUCUGAUUUAUACUUGAAUUGCUAUAUGUGUACCCCUUUGCAUUUGUUAUAUUUUUCCACAUAAAAUAAAGAGGGUCAAUCAGUAUCACUCUUAUCAUGAAAAUCUGGCAAGCAGACCAGAUAGACACCCAUAUUGUUGGGAAAGCUUUGUUUAGCAUGUAGCAUUGUGCUGAUACUGU